CGCAGGCGCAGUGCGGCCGAGCACCGGCUACAGCGGAGGGCAGGGCCCGGCGGGCGGGUGCGCGCUCCCGGCGGGAGGGAAGCGAGGCGCGCGUCAUGGAACAGCGGUUAGCCGAGUUCCGGGCGGCCAGGAAACGGGCCGGGCCGGCUGCCGGACCUAACACUUCGAGCCCGAGUGCACAAACCUCAGGAGAGAAGGCGCAAGCAGCUGCGACUCCAAAGGCAGCACCAGGCUGGCUAAAACGGUUCCAGGUGUGGAAACCGAGGCCCGCGAGUACCCGGGCCCAGCCCAGCCUCGCUCAGGAAGCGGCUCAGCCUGGGAGCAGCACGUCACAGCCACCACGGAACACAGCCAUUCCUCUGCCAUCGCCACGGGACCAGUCUUUCCUGACCAACAUCACCUUCUUGAAGGUUCUUCUCUGGUUGGUCCUGCUGGGACUGUUUGUGGAACUGGAAUUUGGCCUGGCCUAUUUUGUCCUGUCCUUGUUCUACUGGAUGUAUGUCGGGACACGAGGCCCCGAAGAGAGGAGAGACGGAGAGAAGAGUGCCUACUCUGUAUUCAACCCAGGCUGCGAGGCCAUUCAGGGCACCUUGACUGCAGAGCAGUUGGAACGCGAGUUACAGUUUAGACCCCUGGAGGGGAGAUAGGACCAACUCUUUUGUUAUGCAUCCAGCAUCCCACGUGGUCCUCCUAGCCCUUGGACGUGGGCUUGUGGGUUUGAUUUCAGGUGCCCAAGACUAAGGACAGCUGGCAGGUUAGUUCUGUGACUGUGAAGUUCUACAUUCUUUCCCAGAUCUUUUGCUGCAAUUUUAUCUCUGAACUUUUCUUUGGUUUUGGUGAAACCCCCUGAAAGACACUCACUGUGGAUCUGAUGCAACUUAUAAAACUUACAUACUCAGGAAAGAAAGCAGUUUGUCUCAUUAUUUGAGAAAGGUGGUUUUCAGAGCAUUAGAAGGGCGCUGAGGAGAUAACUUUAAAAUACCCAGCUGUUUGAAGGAAUGGUGAGAUACAUCAGGACUGUGUAUUAACUAAGUGUUCUCUUUAAGUCAUUUCAUAUUUAUAGCAUUCCCCCUUCCCGGAAAGUUUAAGUUUCGGUUUUUGUUUUUUGGGUUUUUUGCUGUUGUUGAUGUUUGUUUUUUCAUUGUUUUGUGGUUUUUGUUUUUUCCUUCCUGCUUUAAAUCUUGCUUUUUUCGGUCAUUAAAGGUAUUGAAAAAUAAAAUAUCUUCAAAACAUCUACUUUUCAGAAACAUCCCCAUUGCCCAUCACCAAAUUCCACUCUCCUCAGUUAUUCUGCUCCCACUCAAUGAGGGAAGAUAAGAGAAGACAGAGUCCUAAGUCACAGGUGUGGGGAGGGAUUUCACAAAGUCAAUAUUGGUAGAUUUGGCAAGUGGUUAUUCAUGAUAAAUUCAGCAAGAAAAAUAUUCUCGAGUGUGUUCACAUAAGAGCUGUGGAAGUUGAACUCCAGACUUAUUGGCUGCUCCGUGUGUUUCUUAUAUUCUGAGGGCUCUAGAGUAAGCAGUCCUGUCGCCUAUGGCCUCUGGUGAGAAAUUAUGUAAACAGUGGUAACCAGACAUGAUUUCAGUCGCCCUUCCUUUUCUAGUACAAAGUUAGAGUUUGGGUUCAUUAAAACUGGGCAAAGCAAACCAUUUAA